AUGGAGCAAGUAACGAAGGCUAGAAGAGUAUCAAGAUCAAAUAUCACAAAAACUUGUAACAAAAUUGAAACUGAAUUAAAGAAAGAUGAACCAAACCGAUUUCAAAUUUUGGCUUUACGAGAAGACUUAAUCAGAUUUGUAGAUACAAUUGCAGCUCAAGAUCAAAAAAUAUUAGACAGCCUGUUUAACAGUAAUGCGACCGAAGAGGAACAAGACAGAGAAGCAGAGGAGUGUGAAGCUUACCGCAGUCGUGUUACUUUCAUUUUAGUCAUGGUUGGAGAAUACACAAAGGCAAUGACCGAUGAUCAUUCAGAACAUCGUUCAGUAUAUACCACCGUUCGUGAAAGUGCAGAAAAACCAAAACGAACGUACAAACUACCAAAAAUUGAAAUAAAGAAGUUCAACGGUGAAAUAUUGGAGUGGCUGAGUUUUUGGUCUCAAUUUGAAAAAAUCCAUCAAGACAAAGAUCUACACGAUUCAGACAAAUUCCAAUACUUAGCACAGGCGAUGGUUGAAGGUUCACGAGCAAAAGAAUUAGUCGACAGCUAUCCUCAGACGUCUGACAAUUAUCCAAAGGUAAUAGCAGCUUUAACAGACCGUUUUGGAAAACCAAAAAUCCUUAAACAGGUGUAUGUACGAGAACUCAUUAAGAUGAUUGCCAACAACAUCCGUAACAAGGAUAGAGUGGGAUUGUCAAAAUUAUUCGACAGUUUAGAGUCACAUCUUCGAGCAUUGGAAUCGUUAGGAGUUACUGGUGAACAAACUUCAGAAUUCUUAUUUCCUAUGGUCGAAUCGAUAUUACCAGAAGACAUUCUCAUUGCAUGGCAAAGAAGUCCAAAUUUCGGCAGAAGUACUUUGGAUCCACCAAAAUCAGAAUUGGAUUUCCUGAUGCAAUUUCUCCAACAAGAAGUCGAAAGCGAAGAGCAAAGAAGUCUUGCCCGAACAGGAUUUUCACCAAUAUACCAAAAACAAGAAGAUAACCGAUCGGUCAAGAAAGUUCAAUCCAAAGUGGCAACGGCAGCAAAUUUGUUUAUUGGUGAAAAUGCAGUGAAGUGCAUUUUCUGUGAUAAACCCCAUCUCUCGCAGGAAUGUAUGAAGGCAAUGGCAAUGUCGUUAAAGGAAAAGAAAGAGCUUCUUGGACAGAAGAAGGCUUGUUACAAAUGCCUGAAGAUUCAUCGCGGUUUUGGUUGUAAGACGUUUGUUAAGUGUUCAGGCUGUUUCAAACCACAUUUUCACUUGCUGUGUCCUGAUUCACCAAAAAACAGGAGUAACGAACAAACUCCGUCAACAUCGAACAACUGCAAUGCUGUUGUGGAAAGUUCAAAAUUCUCCAAGGACAAACAAGUUCUGCUCAAAACAAUUAUGGUAAGGAUAAAAUCAAAGAAUGGUUACCUCAAGCUUCGGUUAUUAUUCGAUGAUGGUAGUCAGCAGAGCUACAUCAAGACUUCAAUUGCCAUCAUUGCAAAUUGUGCGGAGAAAGGAAGUUAUUUCGAAAGAAAUACUUUGUUUGGUGGUAUCAAAACUGGCAUUGAAGAAAGAAGGAUUUACCAAGUAAAAAUGGAAUCACUAAGCGGUAAUGUCAAGCAUACAAUGGAAAUUCCAGACAAACAGAAAAUAACUGGGGAAAUACCAAAAUUACCUCCUGGUCCAUGGAUGGAUGAAUUGAAGUUAAAAGGCAUUUUCAUCAACGAUAUGGAAUCAUCUGGAGAAGAUAUCGACGUGUUAAUUGGAGCAGAUUUAGCUACACAUUUGAUUCUUGAUGAAAGCAUAACUCUUCAAUGUGGCUUAAGAGCCGUCAAAACGGUAUUUGGCUGGACUAUAAUGGGACCAAUACAAGCACAAACAAGUUUGGUCAUCUCACAUUCGCUUACUUUAGUUUCGAAUCAGAUUAAUGAAAUGAGUAUCCAAGGCUUAUGGGAUUUGGAGCUUAUGGGGAUUCGCGAUCCGGCUAUGUUAAAAACUCAAGAAGAAAAGAAUGCAGAAGUCCAAAUGUUUUUCAACGAAACUUUACAUCGUAAUAAGGACGGCAGAUAUAUAAUCGCUCUUCCUUGGGUAGAUGGCCAUCAACAGAUUCCUAACAAUUUCGAAAUAGCACGAAAACGACUGAUCAAUAGCACAAGAAAACUGAACAAAGACAGCAAGUUCGAGGACUACGAUAAAAUCUUUAAGCAAUGGCAAGAUGAAGGAAUCAUUGAAGAAGUAAAAAUUUCAGGAGAGCUCGCGUCAGCAGUUGGACAUUUCAUACCACAUCAUGCCGUUUUCAAACCAGAAAGCAAGACAACUCCGGUUCGUCCAGUAUUUGACGCAUCAUGCAAAACAAAUCGAUUCCCAUCAUUAAACGAAUGUCUCAUGAAAGGCCCAAACUUGAUCGAAAUGAUUCCUAAGGCAGUGUUCAAUUUUCGACAAGGGAAAAUUGGAGUAAUCUCGGAUAUAAGGAAGGCAUUUUUAAUGAUUGAAAUACAAGAAACUGAUCAGAAGUAUUUGAUGUUCUUGUGGUGGGAGGAUGAGUCAUGCACCAAUUUAAAGGCAUUUGUACAUAAACGAGUGGUUUUUGGAAUCAACUGCAGUCCAUUUAUUUUGGCUGCCGUUUUAAAUCAUCAUCUGGACAACGUGAACACAACGGAUAAGCAAAUGGCUCAGAAACUGAAAAAAUCGCUUUACGUUGACAACAGUGUAACGUCUGUAAACUCAUGGAAAGAAUACGAAAAGUUCAAGGCUGAUUGCACUCGGAUUUUGGCUGAUGCGAAAAUGGAAUUACGCCAGUGGGAACACACUGAAAUCGAUAAUGGUGAUACCGAACUAUGCUCGUCAGUACUUGGUUUAAAGUGGAACAGAAAAGAAGAUACUUUGUCAUGCUCUUCAUUACCAUCAAUCCCAGACAAAUUAACGAAACGAACACUUCUUGCAGCAAUUAACAAAGUCUUCGAUCCAUUGGGUUUUCUAUCACCUGCAAUGGUAUCACCUAAAUUGGUUUUACAAUCAACUUGGGAUAAAGGAAUCGAUUGGGACGAAGAACUUCCGAAGGAAAUGUUCAUACAAUAUCAAAAGUGGUGCAAGGAACUCAAUUAUCUUCAAGAAAUAAAAAUUCCGCGACACAUGUAUGGGGCACAGUACUGUAAGCAGACGUCAGAGGUUCAACUACACAUUUUUAACGAUGCUAGUCAACUAGCCUACGCAACUGCAAUUUUCGUUAGAAUUCAGACAAAUGACGAAGUCAACGUACAAUUGGUUCAGGCUAAGGCAAGGAUAACUCCCAUUCAAAAGAUGACAAUGACGAGACUAGAGUUAAUGGGAUGUUUGAUUGGCGUUCGUCUGGCAAAACCAAUCUUAGAAUCAUUUGAAACGACAGUAACACGAUUUUAUUGGUCAGAUUCAACCACAGCAUUAGCUUGGAUAAAACGUAAUGAUGAAUGGGGAACUUUUGUUGGAAACAGAGUCAAAGAAAUCAUCAAUGAAACUGAAGUAUGCAAUUGGUUUCAUGUACCUGGUAAAGACAAUCCUGCGGAUCUACCAUCUCGAGGUUGUUCGCCGAAAGAAUUGUUAAAAUCCCGAUGGUGGGAGGGACCAGAUUGGUUGCGUCUUCAUCAACAGCAAUGGCCGAAUGUCGAGUUCACAGUAGACGAAGAAAAGGUAAAUGCAGAGAAGAAAAAGAGUUCUGUUAAAAAUCCCGUUUCAAGCAUGAGUAUUCAGAUCACUGGCGAUCCGUGGUAUGCAAAACGACAAUCGUAUAUUCAAAAUUUACGAAUAUUGGCUUGGAUCCAGCGUUUCAAAGAAAAUUGUCUGGCUAAGAAGAAAAAUAAACCACGUCGAUCUGGUACUUUAUCAAUGAAAGAAGUGUUCAACAGCGAAUUGUUAAUGAUUGGUCUGAUUCAACGAGAGACUUUUCCUAAGGAUUCAAACUUCAUUGAUGGGCUGCGUGUUGAUAAGAAUAAGGAGAACAACUUAUACUUCGUUUUGACGAAGAUAAUGAACCGACAAGAUACUGGACGUUUCAAACAACCAUUGUUGUUGCCACACUCACAUCCAGUAGUAGACAAAAUUAUCGAAGAAGAACACAAACGGUAUGGACACGCUGGGGUUCAGUUCUUGGUAGCAAAAUUGAGAGAAAAAUUCUGGAUAGUUAAAACCAGGUUGGCUGUAAAACGAAUUACUAGUAAGUGCGUCGUCUGCAAACGAUUUAAUCAGCAACCUGCUACAGUGCCAAUAUCUCCAUUACCGGAGAAUCGUGUGAAAGACGCAAAAGCAUUUGAAGUAUCUGGUAUCGAUUUGGCGGGGCCGUUGUUCUUAAAAAACGGAUCUAAAGUAUGGAUCGUAAUUUUCACAUGUGGAGUCUACAGAGCAGCUCACAUGGAGACUGUCGACAGCAUCAAUACCGAGGAAUUCAUAUUGGCAGUGUCUCGAUUUAUAUCCAGAAGAGGACGAGUGGCUGUCAUUUAUACAGACAACGGCACAAAUUUCGUAAAAGCAGCAAGAUUAUUUGGCAAACUGGACUGGAACAAAAUUCAAGCCACAUUUCAUGUUCAUCGAAUACAAUGGAUAUUUAUUCCUCCAGCGUCUCCUUGGUGGGGAGGAUUCUGGGAAAGGUUAAUUCGAUCGCUGAAGGAAUAUUUACGAAAAAUUCUGGGUCAAAGCAAACUUAACAAAGUACAACUCGAUACAACCUUGGCAUUUGUAGAAUCGCUACUGAACAACCGACCCUUAACAUAUGUGAGUGAAGACCAAGAUGACUUGACACCACUCACACCAGCUGCGUUCAUCCAAGAUAUCAGUCAGACUGAGUUUCCGGAAUUCAAGGUGUUAAAAGAUCAUGAGUUCCGACAAAAGUACAAGGACCUGGUUACACUAAAGGAGGAGUUACGAUCACGUUUUCGUUCGGAAUAUUUAGGACAACUGGUUCAAAGAUCGAAACCAGUGGAUAACAUUCAAUUGGAUGUCGGUGACAUGGUUUUCGUGGUAGAUGAUAAAAGGAAGAGAUUAGAGUGGAGCCUGGCUAAAAUACUUGAAGUAUUUCCUGGAAAGGACCAAAACUCACGAGUGGCACGUAUACAAACAGCUAACGGAGAACUUACACGGUCAUUUCAACGAUUGGUACCAUUAGAAGUAAAAUCAAGCGAGACCCAAUUUUUCGAUAAGCCAGAGGCUAUAAAAAGAGCUAAACUGCAGAAACAGGACACGUCGAGGCCAAUAAAAUUCAAAAAAUCGGCUAUCAUCAGGGAUGAAAAGGAAAUUAUCACGAAAUCAGGCAGAAAGGUCAAAGUACCUCUACGGUUUCGUUUCAAUUAA